AUGCCUGCACCAAAGGGAGCACAAAGCAGACCCAGCUCAACCAUCCCUCCUCCCACUGUAGGCACAGCCACAAGGAACUCAGUCAAAAUGCCUCUACCUCAAAACAAUAUCAAAUUGUUGCCCAAUGCAGUGAACGACUACAACUCCGCAGAGAAGUUCCUUGCAAAAAACCUUCUUAGCCUUCUUGAUGAACCCUACACUAUUGCUCAUCAUUCCAUCUGCAAGACAGCCAAUGAGAUAGCAAGGCAAUUGACGGACACACUUACUCCCCAUAUCAUUGACCAUGUUGUGAGGGCCAUUGCACCACAAAUGGCAAAGCUGCUAACCACUUCUGAUCAACUUUCUGACACCCUGGAGUGUGCUGAGGCAGUACGCAAAGCAUUGGUAAAUGACAGAGACGAAAUGGACGACAGCCUACAAAUUUCAGCCGACCAAAUUGAAACAGCAGCCGACGAGCUCCAUACAUCAGUAGCAGAAUGCCAGAACACCAUUGAACUUCUCUCCCCAUCCCUGGACACCACUCAAGACUGCCUCAACAACCUAUCAACCCAACUACUCUCCCAAUCCAUGCCCCCAUCUGAUGAUAUGAACACUGUGGAACCCGCAUUCAACCACCGCCAAUCUUAUAGUUCUAUCGUCGCAACUAACAUGCCUCCAUCAGUAGACAAGGCUAUAGAAUGA